AUGGGUAGAGUUUUGAAGUUGAUCAGCGCCUCGAUUUUCUUGAUAUUGACAUGGGCUGGAUGUCCGAGCGAUUGGCAAGAAGUCAGCGGAUCGAUCUGUUACUAUCCGGGAACCGUUCAAAUAACUUUCCCGCAAGUGAAACUCGCAUGUCAUUCGGUGGGCGGAUCUCCAGCGAUGAUCACUGACGCUCUCCUCAACACCGUCAUUCAACAAUAUGCACAGUUUACUCUUGGUGUCGAUCAAGCGUGGAUUGGCGUCGAGCAGGUUGACGGUGGAUAUUGGGCUUAUGCGGACGAUGCACACACGAAUUUGACCUAUAUGAAAUGGGCGAACAAUGAGCCCAACAAUCAGAACUAUUGUGCGGCGAUGAACUCGUCAACGGGUGGCUAUUGGAUGACAAGAGAUUGCUCGACGCAACUCAACUAUUUCUGCACAAGACCCACUACACCAGAUGUAUCAACAACGGAAAGCCCAUUGACCAUUCCACAAGGAAAUUGUGAUCAAAAUUGGAAACAAUUCAGCGGAUAUUGCUACUAUUUGCAUAAUUUCACUACUUUGCAAGAUGGUCAACACUGGGAUUUGUUCAAUUUCACCGACGCUGAGGCGAUUUGCGAGACGAUGAACUCGACGCUCGCCUCGAUUCACAAUGAUGCCGAGAAUCAAUUCCUUUACGAUUUGGUCAUUUCAAACGCAGCUGGUGAAGACGAUAAAGCUUAUGGACAUCCGUGUGAUUGGGCGCCGGCUUGGAUUGGAAUGAUGCACACUCCGGAUCCAAACGGGACUCAUUGGGUUGACGGGACGCCAGUCGACUUUUGCGAUUAUCCCGAUGGAUGUAUCAUUGCUGAGAUGUACAAUUGUGGCUUCUUGAUUCACAACGACGUCUCGUGUUUCCCGACUGAUCCAAAGCGUUGGUCAUGGUGGGUGAUCCGGGCGCAUUACUCGCGUUUCGUCUGCAAAAAGCUCGCAAUGCCGACGAAUGCCGACGGAUUUUUCCAUGGAAUCGGCUACGAG